CCGCGCAUGUGUACCGCUGCGACCCUCACCAGCAUUAACUUGAUCAUAAACUCGAAUUGAAAUGUUAAAUUUUAAUUCUUAUUGCUAUUCCUAUUUCCCUUAUCCUUACUGAAUCCAGUUAACACACUGUAUCAAGACACAACGCGGUGAUGGCUGGGUUGAAGCUUCUAGUCCAAAAGAGAGAUGUCAGGAUCCUCUUGCUAGGAGAAGAUGGUGUCGGAAAAACUUCACUAAUACUGUCUCUUGUGAGCGAAGAAUUUCCAGAAGAGGUGCCCGCGAGAGCGGAGGAAAUCACCAUUCCUGCAGACGUGACGCCCGAGAAAGUGCCAACACACAUCGUCGACUUCUCGUUUUCAGAGCAGACGGAGGACACGCUGUUCGAUGAGAUUCAUCGAGCCAAUGUCAUCUGCAUCGUCUAUGCAGUGGAUUUCAUGGAAUCGAUAGAAAAGAUAACGAGCUACUGGCUUCCGACGAUCAGGCAGUGCUUGGGCGACGACCACAAGACGCCCGUGAUCCUCGUGGGAAACAAGUCGGACGUUCACGAGAACACUUCCAUGGAGCAGCUACUGCCUGUGAUGAAUCAGUACCAGGAGGUGGAGACGUGCAUAGAGUGUUCCGCGAAGAACCUAAAGAACAUCUCGGAGGUGUUCUACUACGCUCAGAAAGCGGUGCUUCAUCCGACGGCUCCCCUGUACGUUCCGGAGGAGAAAGAGUUAACAGCCGCCUGCAAGCGUGCUCUCACGCGCAUCUUCAAGAUCUGCGACGACGACAACGACGGCCGGCUGAGCGACGGAGAGGUGAACGCGUUCCAGCGACGAUGCUUCAACGCGCCGCUGCCGCCGCAGGCGCUCGAGGAUGUCAAGGAGGUCGUGCGCAAGAACACGAGCGACGGGGUCGUCAACGACGGACUCACGCUCAAAGGUUUUCUAUUUCUACACACACUGUUCAUCCAGAGAGGGCGCCACGAGACGACGUGGACCGUGCUGAGAAAGUUCGGCUACAACGACAACCUGGAGCUCUCCAAGGAUUACCUGUUUCCAGCGUACGUGUCAGGAAGCAGGCGGGCGCGCGACCUUGGGGGGCCGCGAAGGUCGUCGACCGACGGCGCCGUCUGGUUAACGACGUUGCUUGACAUGCCGCGGACGUUGGAAUACUUCGCCUACCUCGGCUACGUACAAGGGGAAGACAGUCAGCUGUCGGCAAUACACGUGACGCGGGAGAGGAGGCUGGACAGGGAGAAGAAGCAGACUUCCCGGAGCGUGUUCCAGUGUAGCGUGAUCGGCCCGCGCGGCGGUGGCAAGACGGCCUUCCUGCAGGCGUUCCUAGCCCGCAACCUGCAGUACCAGGCGACGCUCGAGAAGGAGCACCUGCCGCUCUACACGGUCAACACGGUGUCAGUCUACGGACAGGAUCGCUACCUGGUGAGAGGAGGGGAACGGGGGAGGGGAAAGGGGUCUAUAUUUGACCGCGCGGAGGUGCGGCAGGACGGCGACGUGCAGCCCGCAGACUUCUGCGCUCAGUACAAGCUCCCGCCUCCGCAGGGCUUCUCCUGCGUCGACACGAUCAACCGGGACGUCUACGUGAAGCUGGCAACCCUCGCCGCGUUCCCGAACCUGAAGAGACUCAUACAUGUGAUGAUGAUUAGGCAGCCUAGCUCGUGGCUCAGCGAUGUGCAGAG